AUGGGCAUUGCUCAGAUGAUUCUUAUAAAAUUCACAUACGAUCUUCCCUUUUGGAUUCUUGGCGCCUUUUGCAUCAUGUCAAUUAGAGCGAUGAAAAGAGCUUUCUUGGGUUUAUUCAUCUUCAUUCUUGCUUCCGCUAGUGUUGUGGUAGCCGCCUUUGUAGGAGCCACGGAAGGUCACACGACAGACAUCGGAUUUCUUCAAGGCGGUUUGCUAGGAGUUGUGGCUGGAGUUAUCACCGCGGUUCAGCUCUUUGGACUGAUGCUACCUGGUGAUCAACCUUUGUCUAAGGCUGCUUUAAUGAGAAGAGUAGUGAAUGGGAAAGCCAUCAUGGGCUUGGUUAGACCGGCUGUGCUCAAAGCAUAUCAAUGGCAAAUAAUGGGACUGGACACAAGCUACAUAGAGAUAUCAGACAUGUAUGACUCUAACCAAGAACCAGAAGGGUUACCAAGGAGCUUAAUUCAGAACAUCCCAACGUUUAACUUCGGUUGUUCAGGUCAUCAAACCAUUUCGAGUUGUUCGAUUUGCUUACAGGAUUGGGAAGUAGGAGAAGUUGGAAGAGAGCUAAAGAGAUGUGGCCACACAUUUCAUAAAUUUUGCAUAGAUGAGUGGUUGCUUAGGCAAGAGACUUGCCCCAUUUGUAGAGAUCAUCUUUCAUAUUGUACUACACUUGUACAUAGUCCAUCUCUGUUUUCAUAA